UCUUACCCUACCUAUCUCCCUCUUUUCCUCUCUCUGCAAAACCAAAACCUCCUGAAAAGUGCAAUGGCUUAAGACUAUACUUUGCGAAGAUGAGUGUGGUUGAGGCUGGUUAUUUGGACGGGAUUGCGAACGGGGUGAAUGGCUGUGACAUUUUCCCGGACUUGCUCAACAUUCUAGAUUUCCCGGAGGAGAGUUUGGAAGGAGAUGACUCUGUUGGCGAUUGGGAUGCUAGUAUGUUGCAGUGCCUUGGGCCAGUCCCUUCCGAUGCUUUGAUGGGAUUGUCCCCCGUGCACCAGGCCAAUGUUGACGAUGGCCCUUUGAGAAUGGCGCUCAAGUCGAAGGCUUUUGUGGACAGCUCGCCUCUUCAAAAGGAUAAAUUGAAUUAUGUCCAAGAAAUCACUGGUGCGGCGCUUCUGUACCCGAGUAAAUAUUUUGAUGCCCAACAGCCUGGUGUGUUCCAGACACAAAGCCCGGUAUCUGUCCUCGAGACCAGCAUUUCCUACUCAGGUGGAAAGACCGUGCCGAUCAAAUCUGACAUCACCAUUCCAGUACGAACACGGUCCAAGCGGGCACGACCAGCUGUCAAUCCCUGGAUUCUCAUCCCGCCUCUAUCUUCUACUGCUGCAUCUAAAAAGACUUCAAGCGGGGCCGGGAAAAAGACAAGAGGGGAGAGGAAGAUGGCAGUGAACGAUGAUGGAUCAGAGGUCUGCAACAACGGGGUUACUCCAGAUCAGGCGUGCUCCUACCUAGUUAAAAAAUGCACACAUUGUGAAGUUACAAAGACGCCACAAUGGAGAGAGGGACCAAUGGGGCCAAAGACUCUAUGCAACGCGUGCGGGGUUAGGUACCGCUCGGGACGCCUAUUCCCAGAGUACCGACCAGCAGCUAGUCCAACGUUUGUUCCAAUGCUACACUCCAAUUCUCACAGGAAGGUCGUGGAAAUGAGAAGGAAAGCUAUUCAGGAAGCAGCGCCCAUUGUCGAGGAUUCUCUCAAGAGAGCUGCAGAGACGAGAUGUUCUGCUUUGCAGGAUCUCGAUUCUUUUAGCCGUGGGUUCGCUCUAACACACUGAGAGCCUACCAAGCACACUUCCUUCUAGUUAGGGACUUAAAAUCAGGGUUUUUUCGUUCGCUUUCAAAUAUUUUAUUAUCGUGUUCUUAAGGCAGAUCUCGUGCUAAUUGAUCAACAAGUUGUGUACAAAACGAAAUGAAGUAAAAGAUGAACAGAGCAAGGGAAGAAGAAGAAGAAGAAGACGAAUGGUAGAAGAAUUCUUCUGGUGUAUAAUCCAGAAAAUAUAAUUUUAUAAACCUUAUUAUUCUCUUAUUCAUAUUUCUUUUCCCAAGUUAUUAGCUUCUAUGGGGUUAAUAUUUUAAUUGUUAUGGUGAUUUAGUUUCCCUUGUAGCUACAAUACACUACUAAUAGUAAUUUCUUUUAUUUAUAUAUUA